UCUGAUAAAACCAGAUCAAUCCAAACCAAUAUAGUUAUUUUGAUUUAAUUUUAAUAAAAACCAAACCAACCCGUCAUACGUAUAAUCUGGCAAGCAAAGCUCCGUACCUUCAUGUAGUCUUCUCCACUACAAGAGCUCGAAUUUGAGCGCAACCGAAAUGGAAUCUGAGGCCCUUCUACACCGAAAGCGGAGCAAACUAACCAUUCUCAAUUUCCAUCAACUUCAAUGCAAGAAUCGAGCUUAAAAAUCCCUAUUCUGCCAGCAGAGCUCAUCACUGAAAUACUGUUAAAGCUACCAGUCAAAUCUCUUUUACAAUUCAGGUGUGCUUCAAAAUCUUGGCUUUCCUUAAUCUCUACUCCUGAAUUUAUCAAGGCUCAUCUCAGCAUGUCUGCUAAUAACAAGGAUUACACCCACCAUAGGCUUAUCUUUGUUCAACAUGACUACAAUGUUGAGCUCAAGGGACGUAUCUGUACUUAUCUUAAGGACUGUACCCUUAGUAAUGUACUUGAUGACUCUGUUAUUGGGGCAUUUGACUUGGAUUAUCCUAUGAAAAACCCCCAUAAAUCUGUUGAGAUUGUGGGUUCUGUAAAUGGGUUGAUUUGUCCUACUAUUGAGCAAGAAGACUUGUUUCUCUGGAAUCCAUCAAUUAGGAAGUUCAAGAAAUUGCCUGAUUUUACAGCUAAAUUGAGGCUUGGUUACUGUAUCAUGUAUGGUAUUGGAUAUGAUGAGGUUCAUGAUGAUUAUAAGCUAGUGUGUGUUUUCCGAAAUUCGAGUUAUAACAUUUCACAUUAUGUUGAGGUCAAUGUUUAUAGUCUAAAUAGUGAUUCGUGGACAAGUAUCAAUGAUUUUCAUAGUGGGGAGCAAUUAAUUAGGUGGGGUAUGUUUAUGAAUGGGAAGCUUCAUUGGGCUAGUAGUACCUCUCAUGAUUUUCAUUCCUAUUGUGGUUGGGAUAUCAGUUACAUUGAUUUGGCUCAUGGGAAAUGGGGAAAAAUGGAUACACCCUGCUAUGGAGAAGGAGACUUUGAAUUUUUGCCGUGCUUGGGAGUCUUGGGAAGUGAUCUUUCUGUGUUUUGUAAUAGUCGGAAGACUUACACAGAUGUAUGGGUUAUGAAGGAGUAUGGGGUUAAAGAAUCUUGGACAGAUGUUUACCAUCAAUUAUCAUGUUGAUCGUGUGGGGAAUAUGCUCGUUCCACCCUUUUGCAUGUCAAGUGAAGGUAGAAUUUUGUUUGAGGAUGGAUCAACUUUCAUGAUUUAUAAUCCAAAGGAUGACUCGAUCAGAUAUCAAGAGGUUACCAACUGUGAUUCCUUUUACUGGUCAAACAUCUACAUCGAAAGCCUAGUUUGACCCAAUUUUACUGAAUAAAGUAAUGAUGCAACAACAAGGCAGGCUGAAAAGUUUCAGAUGAAGACAAUUAGUAAGAGCUCUCUAAACAUUUUUCUCAACUGCUGUUACAUUUUGUUUUUAUUCUCAAAUAUAGCACAAAACGUUGCAUAUUAUGGAUAUCUUUGAACUAAUACAUGCUUGGAGAUUUUGUUAGUCUUUUUUCCCUUUUGCUUCACCAAACAACAAUAUUUUGCAAGAACAGUUAUUUGCUUGAGGUCUUUGGUGUCCUCACCGUCAAACUUAAUGACACUCAACACUAUUUCGCUUCUGGAGCAGUACUUUAAGUGGGAUAUUGUGCCCCUAGACAGAGUAAGAAUAAGGAGCACUGAUAAGUAGGAUUUUAACAUGUUUUAUACCCAUACUUGC